AUGAGCGACGGCGGCGCGGCUGCGGUGGUGAGGACGAGCGACGGCGGCGCGGCUGCAGUGGGGAUUAGGUCCUAUUCUUCCUUCUCCUCGGGUAGGUGCUCCACCUCCCACACCUCCUCUUCGUCCUCCAAAAUCUGGAACACCCCUUCCUACCCCUGUUUCUCCUACUCCUCGGUUAGGGGCUCCCGCUCGCGGACCUAUUCUUCCUCCAACUCGUGCUCCUGUACUUCCUACCCGUCGGAAGGGUGCACCACCUUCUACUCCUCCACUGCCACCACCACGAUUAGGGGCGCCCCUCCCGUCCUCUCCUCUUCCUCCAACUCGUGCUCCUGUACUUCCUCCUCGUCGGAAGGGUGCUCCACCUUCCACUCCUCCACUUCCUACACCAAAAUUAGGGGCACCCCUCCCGUCCCCUCCUCAACCUCCAGCUCGUGCUCCUGUACUUCCUCCCCGUCAGAAGGGUCCUCCAUCCUCUACUCCUCCACGUCCUGCACCAAGGUUAGGGGCACCCCUCCCGUCCUCUCCUCUUCCUCCAACUCGUGCUCCUGUACUUCCUCCUCGCCAGAAGGUUCCUCCACCUUCCACUUCUCCACGUCGUGCACCAAGAUUAGGGGCACCCCUCCCAUCCUCUCCUCUUCCUCCAACUCGUGCUCCUGUACUUCCUCCCCGUCGGAAGGGUGCUCCACCAGCCCACGUCCUGCACCAAGAUUAGGGGCACCCCUUCCGUCCUCUCCUCUUCCUCCAACUCGUGCUCUGGUGCUUCCUCCCCGUCGAAAGGGUGCUCCACCAGCCACUCCUCCACGUCCUACACCAAGAUUAGGGGCACCCCUCCCAUCUUCUCCUCUUCCUCCAACCCGUGCUCCUGUACUUCCACCCCGUCGAAAGGGUGCUCCACCUUCCACUCCUCCAGUUCCUACACCAAAAUUAGGGGCACCCCUCUCGUCCCCUCCUCAACCUCAAGCUCGUGCUCCUGUACUUCCUCCCCGUCGGAAGGGUGCUCCACCUUCCACACCUCCACGACCUGCACCAAGAUUAGGGGCACCCCUCCCGUCCCGUCCUCAACGUCCAGCUCGUGCUCCUCUACUUCCUCCCCGUCAGAAGGGUGCUCCACCUUCCACUCCUCCACGACCUGCACCAAGAUUAGGGGCACCACUCCCAUCUCCUAUUCUUCCUCCUCCAGCUCGUGCUCCUAUACCUCCUCCCCGUCGGAAGGGCACUCCACCUCCCGCACCACGAUUGGGGGUACCUCUUCCGUCUCCUAUUAUCCCUCCCCCUAAGAAGGGCACCCCACCCUCCACUCCUCCACUUCCUACACCACGAUUAGGGGCACCCCUCCCAUCCCCUGUUAUCCGUCCCCCUAAGAAGGGCACUCCACCCUCCAUUCCUCCACUUCCUCGUACUCCUAUUCUCCCACCCCCUCGAAAGGGCGCUGCACCUUCUAGUCCUCCACUGCGUCCACCACGGCGGCUCGGGGCACCAGUUCCAUCUCCUCGUUUUCCUCCCCUCGACUAGGGGCUCCUCCUCGCACUCGUAUUCGUACAACACAUGGCUUAGAUAUUGCUUCUAGUUAAAUAAUCUAUGGCAUUUUUUUACUAUUUGUAACGAUAUUAACAAUUAAAUGUAAGCAUUUUCAUUAUUAUCAGCUUGGUAUAUAUGUUUUUUUGCGAGACAGCUUGGUAUAUAUGUUGAUGCACAUUUCCAUGCUUC